UCCUCACCUCCCACCCUGUCGCACACAACGCAACGCAGAGGCCAGAGCCAGAGCAGAGCAGCUGCCCCCUCCGAUCCGAGCGAGCAAGGGCGCCACCGUCGUCUCCAAUGGCGCGGCCACAGCAACGGUACCGCGGCGUGCGGCAACGCCACUGGGGAUCCUGGGUCUCCGAGAUCCGCCACCCCCUCCUGAAGACAAGGAUCUGGCUGGGCACCUUCGAGACGGCCGAGGACGCGGCGCGCGCCUACGACGAGGCGGCGCGCAUCAUGUGCGGCCCGCGCGUGCGCACCAACUUCCCCGAGGACGCCGCAGGCGCCGGCGACGGGCAGCAGCAGCAGCAAGCCGCGUCGUCGUUCCUCUCCCCCGCGCUCGUCGCCAAGCUCCACCGCUUCAACCUCGCGUCCGUGCAGGCGGCGCGCGGCAAGGCCGACGCUGCCUCGGCCGCAGCCGCCUCGGCGCCCGCCGUGCUCCCGCGCAUCGCGGCGAUGCCUGCCGGCAAUGCCGCCAUGGGAGGAAUCGCCCCCUCGCCGCCGCCGCCGCCGUCGUCGUCGUCGGCAGGAGACUGGAGCGGCGGGUUUCUUGAGGAGCAGUACGUGGACCAGAUGAUCGAGGAGCUUCUAGACUCCAACUUCUCCAUGGAGAUCUCCUACUAGUUUUCACACGCACGCACGUCCGUCCCCUCCCCGGCCCGCCUCCUCUGCUCUGUGCCUGUGUCUCGUCUCUCUGUUUGGUUUCGUCAGUCAGCUCAGCUAGGGAUCGUAGUGAGUUACUUAGUAGUGUCAUUAGGCAUUAGCUAUGCCAGGAGGAACUCGAGGUUACUUUGGUCAGACGAUCGAGUUAGUUCUUGAGCAGCCUGAUGUGUACGUAUACGGUAGCAUCGUCAGAGCAUAAAAAAAAAUUGGAUUGGACUCCA